AUGAGUGACGAAAAUAAUGGCAUAUUAAUAAAUAAGAGAGAAAAUGAAAAAAUAAAUGAAGAACAAUGUAAUACUACAAAUAUUAAAUAUGAAGAACAAUGUAAUACUAAAAAUAGUAAGUGUGAAGAACAAUAUAAUACUUCAAAUAAUAAUUACUAUGAGGAACCUCUUGGAUAUAAUUUUUUAACAGCAGAAGAUCAUGCGAAUUAUAAUAAUUUUAUAAAAUUCUGUAAAGAUAAUUUUGCUUAUAUUGAUAUGAAAGAUAUUAAUAGAGUAAUUAAUAAAUUAAGAGAGGGUCCAAAUAAAGAUUAUUUUUGUAAUUAUAUAAGUAGCUCAGAUGAGAGUGAUAUGGAUGAUAAUAAAAAAAGUAAUAUAAAUGUAGAUUAUAUAAAUGAUAAUGAGAAACAUACUGAUAGUCAUAAAAAGAAAAAAAUUAAAGAUUACCGCAAAAACUUGAAGCUUAUAAAUAUAAAAAAAAACAAAAGAGCUCGUAUCAACCUUAUCGUAAUAAAAAAAAAGUAUCUUAAUGAUAACAAUAAUGACAAUAGUGACAAUAAUGACAAUAGUGACAAUAAUGACAAUAGUGACAAUAGUGACAAUAAUUAUAAUAAUAACCAUCACAGUAAUAGUAGUGAGCGCCCAGAGAAAAACACAAUUAUAUUGUCUCCCAUCUUUAUGCCUGUAGGAACAAAAUGCUGUAUUAAAGGAUUAACAUUAGAAGAUGUAAACGACAUAUGUGAUUAUAUAAUUUUAAGUAAUACGUAUCAUUUAUCUAAUAUAUAUGAUAUGUCCAUAUUUCAAUAUAAUAAAGAUAUAAAUAAUUUAAUAAAAUUUCCAAACGCCAUGCUUACAGAUUCUGGUGGAUUUCAGAUGGUCUCCUUAAGUAAACGAAUAAAAAUUUUAGAGGAAGGGAUUUUAUUUAAUAAUAUUUAUAAUAGUGAGGUUAUAAAGAAAAAUAUAAAAAUGUGUAAUGUUGAUGAUAUAAUAAAGAGAACAUGUGAAGAGGUUGGUAACGACAUGUGUAAUAGUAUGGUAGUACAUGAUAAUGUAACUGAUGAGGAAUCUGGUGAGGUAAAUAAAAAAGUAUAUGGUGAGGUAAAUAAAAAUAUAUCUAAUGAAAUAAAUAAAAAUUAUUCUGAUGAAAUAAAUAAAAAUUAUUCUGAUGAGGUAAAUAACAACAUAUAUGAUGAAAUAAAUAAAAAAAUAUCUACCAAAACUCAUGACAUUACAAAUGAACAUCAUCCUUGUGAUGCGACAAAAUAUUUAGAGUCAGGAGAAGAUAUAUUACUAUCCCCCGAGAUAUCAAUAAGGCUUCAAAAUUUUAUAGGGAGUGACAUAAUCAUGGCUUUAGAUGAUGUUCGUUCAUCUUUAGAAGAAAAUAAGAAUAAGAUUGAAGAAGCUACUCAUCGCACUAAUAGAUGGUUAAAGAGAUGUAUAGAUAUUCAUAAAAAAAAAGAAGAACAAAGUUUAUUUGGCAUAGUUCAAGGUGGGUUACAUAUCGAUUUAAGAAAUAUAUCAAUGGAUUAUAUUUUACGUCAGAAGUUAAAUGGAUAUGCUGUUGGAGGUUUAUGUGGAGGAGAAAAGAAAACGAAAUUUAUUGAAAUUAUUAAUCAUUGUUCAAAUGAAAAUAAUAAGAAAUAUAAUUAUUUGCCAACAAAUAAAUGUAGAUAUAUAAUGGGAAUUGGAUAUAUAGUUGAUAUAAUAUUUUGUUCUUUAUUUGGAUAUGAUAUGUAUGAUUGUGUAUAUCCAUCUCGAACAGCAAGAUUUAAUACAGCUGUUAGUUUUGAUGGAACUAUAAAAUUAAAACAAUCCAAAUAUAAAUAUGACUUUUCACGCUUAGAAAAAAAUUGUAACUGUUAUGUUUGUUUAAAAUAUACAAAGGCAUCAUUACAUUUUCUUAUAUCCAAAAGAAAUACAAUAACAAAUGUUUUAUUAACAUUACAUAAUAUUUAUUUUACUCUUUAUAUGUGUCAUUUGAUGAAGGUAGCUAUUUUUUCAAAUAAACUCGAUCAAUUCAUAACAACUUUUUUGUAUAAUCAUUUUGUUAUUGGAGUUAAGAAUGGCAAUUACAAAAUUCCUUGUCCUGAUGAUAACGAAAACAAAAUGAGUAAUCAUCAUAAUAUAAACAUUAAUGAUAUUAAUAAAACUGAUACAAAAGGAAAGAAUUAUGAACAAGCUACACAAAAUUUAAAAAUCAAACAAAAAAAUAUGAUAGAAGAAUUAAAAAGAAAUUUACCACAAUGGGCCAUGCAAGCUCUUGAAUAUGCUGACAUAAAAUUAAUGUUUUAA